AUGCCAUUUGAUUUCGGGAGAUGGACAAUUGAUGACACUGAAGUGUUUUACAUCGGCGAAUAUUCGUUUGCGUUUGUGAAUCUGCGACCUAUAAGAAAGCAUCAUGUGCUGGUAUGCCCAAUAAGAAAAGUUGAGCGACUUAAAGACUUGGAACUCCAUGAGCUCAGUGAGAUGAUGAAAAUUGCAAGCUUAAUUUCUCAAAAAAUAGCAAAUGGGGCAUGCAAUAUUGCUAUCCAGGAUGGCAUAGAUGCUGGACAAACAGUAAAUCAUGUGCACAUUCAUGUUGUUCCUAGAGAAGGGGAAGGUAUUCUUCAUAUUGAUAGACUCUAUGGAGAUCGAAGCCCUGCACAAAUGGCAGCUGAAGCUACAAUUCUUAGAAGUAUGAUGCAGGAUUAUCAUAUUGAAGAAUGUGCAUAA